AUGUGCGGCGGCGGCGGCCGGACGUGCGUCCGGUACCGGCAGCGCGUCAUCGUCAACAUGCCCGGCUACCUGUCGGGGCUGGCGGCCGCGCUCGCGUCCACGGACCGGCGGGUGCUGGCCAAUUACAUGGUGUGGCGGGCCGUCGCGUCCUGCGUGCCGUUCACCGACCGCCGGCUGCGGGACCUGCAGCAGACGCUGCACGCGGAACUGUACGGCCAGCCGACCCGGCAACCGCGGUGGGCCGAGUGCGUGGACGUCGUCUCGGCCGGCCUGUACCUGGCCGUCGGGCGCCUGUACGUGACGCGGUAUUUCGACGGGCGCACCAAGAACGCCACCGCGGACAUGGUCAAGAAGAUCCGGCGGGAAAUGCACGACGCGCUGACGGAUUCCGGUACGGCGUUUUUUUAA